CCUCCUUCUUCGCGAAGCGGGCAGCCGUACAGAACACAACCCGGAGAGCGAUCGGCGGCGGCUGCGGCGGCGACGUAGCGUACGUCCCGCUUUUCCUUAGACCAGCCCCGAGUGGUGGCCCCCCUCCUCGCAAGAGUGCGUCGUCGGUGUGCGGUGCGGUGCGUGCGGUGUGUGCUGGUUUGUGGUGGUUUCGGUGAGCUGUCCGAGCGCGCGCCAUACAGCUGCCGCCAAGAUGCGGAUGGACUGCGUGGACCGGGCCGUCUCGUGGCUCUUCAAGGUGGUCGGCGAGUUCAUCGCUCGCUACCCGGGCUACUUCGUCAUCGUGCCCCUGCUCGUGGCUGCCUGCCUGGCCACGGGCAUCCAGCGCAUGGUGUACGUGGACGACCCGGAGUACUUGUUCAGCCCCAUCAACGGCCGGUCGCACGAUGAGCGGCGCAUCGUCGAGGCGCUCUUCCCGCAGAACACGUCGUUCAACUUCGACAUCGGCCGCCAGACCAAGCCCGAGAAGUUCGGCCGCCUCAUAGUGGUGACACGCGACGGCGCCAACCUGCUCACGCGCAAGGUCUGGGACGAGAUCGUGCUCCUGAACGAGAUCAUCAAGAACAUGACCGUCCUCUGGGACGACGACAUCUGGACGUACGAGCAGAUCUGCGCGCGCGACGGCCGCUUCUGCUACCCCAACGAGCUGCUCGACUUCUACCCGUACAUCGAUCAAAUCGAGAACGGCACCUUCAAGCUGGAGUACCCGCUCCGGAUCGACAGGGCGCGCCAGAAGAUCUACUUCACCGGCGCCCUCAUGGGCGGCAUCGAGCGCGACGCGGACGGUUUCAUCAAGUCGGCGCAGGCGAUGGCCAUGUUCUACUACCUGGACACGUCGUCGCGCAAGGCCAACCUGCGCUCGGAGGCCUGGGAGUACGCCUUCCUGGACCUGAUGGAGUCGCUCGAGUUCGAGCACAUCCAGCUGGCCUGGUUCACGUCGCGCUCGCUGGCCGACGAGCUGGAGAAGAACACGUCCACCGUGACGCCCUUCUUCAGCAUCACCGUGGUGAUCAUGCUCAUAUUCACGGUGACCACGUGCCUCAUGCGCGACGCGGUGCGCAGCAAGCCCUGGCUUGGCAUCCUGGGCUGCGUGUCGGCCGCCGUGUCGGUCAUAGCCGGAUUCGGCAUGGUCAUCUACUUGGGGCUCGAGUUCAUCGGCAUCAACAUGGCCGCGCCAUUCCUCAUGCUGGGCAUCGGAAUGGACGACACGUUCGUGCUGCUGGCCGCGUGGAGGCGCACAAGUCCUCGCAAGAGCGUGGUGGAGCGCAUGGGCGAGACGUACCGCGAGGCGGCCGUCUCGAUCACCAUCACCUCGCUGACCAACUUCAUUUCGUUCUGCAUCGGCGCCAUCACUCCAUUCCCUUCGGUGCGCAUCUUCUGCAUCUACACCGCGGUGGCCGUGCUGUUCACCUACAUCUACCAGAUCACCUUCUUCGGCGGCUGCAUGGCGCUUUCCGGAUACGCCGAGCGCAGGAACCUGCACGGCCUGCUCUGUUUCCCCACCAUGCCCAAGUCGCAAGCCGGAGGGCGCUCGUGGCUGUUCCGGGCUCUGUGCACGGGCGGCCUUAACCCAAACGACCCCGACAACCCGCUGGACAACCGGGAGCACAUCAUGAUGACCUUCUUCCGCGACUCCUGGGGCGGCCUGCUUAGCCUGUUUCCCAUCAAGAUUCUGGUUAUCCUGGUUUUUCUGGUGUACCUCGCCAUCGGACUGUGGGGAUGCACGCAAGUCAAGGAAGGCUUGGAGCGGUACAAGCUGGCCAUGGAUACCUCGUACGCCCGUGAUUUCUUCAACACGGACGACAAGUACUUCAGGCGGUACCCACUGCGGAUACACGUGGUGAUGAACAAGACGCUCGACUACUGGAAUCCCGAAGUAUACGACAAACUGGAGGAGAUCGUCGGAAACUUCGAGAACAGCAGCUUCGUCCAGAACACGGAGCUGACCGAGUGCUGGUUCCGCGAGUACCGUCGCCAGACGCUGGACGGUCCCUUCAAGGGGUACUUCGGCCAGUUCGACCUCACUGAUCCCCACGACUACAUACAAGGGCUUAGGUUCAUGCUAAGGUUCGAGCCGUUCUCGACUUUCAAGAAGGACAUCAAGUUCAACGAGAACUACACGUCCAUCGUGGCCUCUCGUUGCAUCAUCCAGACGACCAACAUCUCGGACGCCAACAUGGAGAAGGACAUGGUGAUUGACCUGAGACGCAUCGCCGACAGCUACCCAGACCACCACAUCACCGUGUUCCACACGCUGUUCGUGUUCUUCGACCAGUUCAUCUUAGUGCGCGAGACAUCCAUUCAGUCCAUCGGCGUCGCUGCCGCAGUCAUGAUGAUCAUCGCCCUGAUCUUCAUUCCGAGUGUGUCGUGCGCCCUGUGGGUGGCCUUCUCCAUCUGUUCCAUCGAGAUCGGCGUAAUCGGCUACAUGACCCUGUGGAACGUGAACCUCGACUCCAUCUCCAUGAUCAAUCUCAUAAUGUGCAUCGGAUUUUCGGUGGACUACUCGGCGCACAUAUCGUACGCCUACCUAUCAUCUGACGGCCCCACGCCCAACGAGAAAAUGAAGUGCGCGCUCCACUCCCUUGGAAUGCCCAUCUUCCAGGGCAGCGUGUCCACCAUUCUGGGAAUCAUCAUCCUGGCGUUCGCGCCUUCCUACAUCUUCCUGACCUUCUUCAAAACAGUGUUCCUGGUGAUCCUCUUCGGCGCGCUUCACGGGAUCCUGCUGCUGCCGGUGCUGCUGUCCAUGUCGCACUCGCUCUGCAAGAAGCAAAAGAAGGCCAUCGUGACGCACCCGUUCUUCGUGCCGCCGUACCCAUCGUCCAACGGCUGCAAGACUCCGCCGGUGAUCGUCACCUCGGGCGACUCGUACGGCGCUCUGGGCGCGCCCUCGUCCAACAGCAAGGACGCCAAGCGCAAGCUGAGCGGUGACCUGAACCAGGAGAAAGAGAUACCCAGCAACGAGAGCAGCAAGAACCUGCUCACCAAUAUCGUCAACUACUCGACCUUCCAGGACGGCAGGACUGGUGGUUGCGCGGGUGACCAGGUGAACCCGGGAUUCCAGCCGGACGAAGACGAAGAGCACGACACGGUGCCCGGAAGGAUAGCGCCGCCCUACAACUGGCCGGCGAAGGUGCCGCCGGCCGAACGAUGCCUGCACAGGAGGCACAGCUCGAACGAUAUGAAGUCCGCCCCGCGGCUCUCUAAACAGUACAGCGUGCCGUCCUGAUCGGCCGGCUGCUGUUAACCCUUCCCCCGAGCCUCUCCCCCCCACCCGCCUCCAGCGCCUCACCCGCCCAGCACUGGGCCGACGAACGGCGACGAAAGAUGGGAAGUCUAGUCCUGUGCACUGUGCGAUACGGGCUGCUUGUGUUGUACAUAAACCAAAGUGCAUUCGUUGUUUUUUUUUUACUUGUCCUCUCAUUGCCCCUGGACGGACAGGGCGUGUGUACGGUACCGACGACGACGCAUAGUAGCGGAUGGACCUGCUUGACAAAUCAUCUGCGCACGUUCUUCGAGCAGCAGUGUGCGUCGCACCUAUAUCGAGUAUUGCAUUGGACAGUUAGCGCCUCUCCAGCUGGAACCAGUUUUCUUCGUGCAACAUCUCAAGGAAUGUACAGACGUUCUGUUGUUGGGUGGGCAAGCCCUUACGUGGCUUGCAACGUCCAUUUUAUGCCCGCCUUCAGAUGGCAUUUCAAGUGCCCGGUCUUUUACGCGAGACGAUGAAUGCAAAGUGUCUGCCUCAAAUUCGUUUUGACAAGUGACCUUAAGAAGGUUCCGCAUUCGCAUCCUAAGUGCCCUGUUUUUAUUAUUUAGUCGCAUUCGGUUUUUGUAAUGAGACGAAAAUCCAGAGACUUACAUUUUUUACAAAUCUAUUUUACGUAUUUUAUGCUGUCGUGUGUUUCUGGGAGCAGUGUGAACCGAGUUGUCGAUAGCGCUUAAGGGUAGUAUGCAUUGUGGAGGUAAAUAUUGCGUUGUGUUUUGACGAGUUGUUUUCGCAAUGUGGACAGAUUGUGAGAAGUCGUAGAUUUCACACCAGAGAUAAAGCAUGCCGGUUUUGUGGCUGCGCUCGUUUUGCGCACAGGUGCACACUCCUAUAAACGGGUAGACGACCUUCAAACUGCUUAGCAAUCACGGAAGAAGUUCAUGUAUAACAUGACGCAAGAAUAAUAGAAAAGAAAACAUCUGCGAGUCAUACAGCUUCUAUAAACAUAGCAGUAAUUGACUUCAAUACAUCAUGCUUCAGUGCACGUUUAAAUUACGGCAAGGCCGGAGUGGCUUAUCAUAUUUUCAGUGCAGGAAAUGCAGUGCAGUUCUUCGUUAGUGACACUGCCUUUGACUGCAUGACUAGGAAGGCGUAGGUGAUCGGCAAGGCAGGAUGAGGAAAAGUUUAUAGAACCAAGCAUCGGAACUCCAUGCUUGUGGAGACAUCACGAAACAUUGAAUAGGAAGGCAGUGACGCCUUUAGAAAACAAAAUGAUUCAGAUAUGCUUGUACACGUCGGCCUUUCGGCCAAAGGGGCCUGCACUUUGCAACAUCGUUUUGUCAUGCACGCUGCAAAAUGUCACGAGUACGCGAAAAGUUACUCCAGUGCCACCUUUCCGAGAAACACGUGAAGCAAAAAUGUGAAUUUAGUUUUAUCGCUCUUGUUGGUCGACUCAUCGCAUGCGUGCAGCAUUUUCUUCAUAAAAGUGCGACAGCACACUAAGACUAUUUCGCAAACGAAAUUGUCUUCUUUCUCCGCGAUUAGGUGCCUUGUUUCGGUAAGGCCUCAAACACCUGAAAUAGGUACACGUGCUUUCAACGGGGUCCUUUCUCACCCAGCACUUUGCUGUACGAUGCAGCUACUCAUUAGCUAGAGAACGCACACCUUUAUAGAAUAACCGUGGUGCUGUUCGCGCGAUAGGCUCAACAUUAAUUCAUAAGUGUAUACCUAAAGCUCACGUGACGAAGUCAUGAGAAACGAAGCAGCGCACACGUACGAAUUGCAGCAGAAAGGGCACAAUUAUGAAUUUGGAGCGCUGAGGCCACCGCACUUGUCAGGCUGCCAAUAUACAAUUACAGCGCCGUCAACACUUCGUGUAAAGGCUUGGCGUGCCUUUGGGUACGCCUUUUUGCAAUAGCAAAAACAAGUUAGAGUCCUCGAUUAAAAAUAUAUGCUUUCAGCCGUUCGCGACAAAGGUCCACUACCUGAAGACGGCGCAGCAAUCGCGCAUUUCUGGUAGUCUUGCACGUGCUGUUUCUUUGCCUUGUUUUCGCGAUGUAUCAGGUUGGUCAUUUUAUUGAUACUGAGUGCAUGAUAAUGCAUUAGGAUGCGAUGGUAUUCAACUGUUGUACAUACAAUAAAUGCGAAUAACGAAUAAAGUUCACCUUGUUUCAAAAAA